AGCGAGCAGCUCGCUACUCGCGAGGACGUUGUGUCUUCUCUUUUGGACUUGAGCAUGCUCCAGGCUCGUCAAGAGCGACUCACCCUCCAUGCCGCUGCCCUGCGUCGCCUUCUCACCAUCCUCUCUUACCCUCAUCGCACCCUCCCGAUCAUCCCAGUACGAUUGGGGAUCUCCACGAGGGUGUACUCAGUGCUAUGGGAUUUCGGUUCUCAGGGUGACUUCAUUCAACCCCGUGUGGUGAAAGAAGCCCGCUUACCUACGACCGGGUUUCCGUCUCCCAUCUCUGUCACCCUUGGGGAUGACAAGACUCAAUGCUUCUUCGAUCAGACGGUCACCGACCUUCCUUUCUUCCUCACUCUCGAGUCGACUGAUCGUUUCCCGGCGUCUCGUCGCCACCGCUCCUCUGCACAUUUUGAUGUGAUAGAGACAGGGUACGACUUCAUUCUCGGCACUUCAUGGUCUCAUCGGUUCCGCAGCACCGAGGCCGAUUGGGAGACCAACACUCUUGUUCUCAAAACGAAGUGUGGACAGACGUAUCCCGUACCUUUCAUAGGUACCACCGCGACACCACGACUCGAUCCUCCUCCCUCGGAGCCUUCCGUGCCCACACCAUCUCCUUCCAUUAUUGUCACCUCGCCGCGGCAGUUCGCCUACUUCAUCCGACAGGACGACGUCACCUUCUUUAUGGUGGACGUGGCGGAUCUCUUACAGUAUAAUCCACCCUGUCCCCACGCCGAGCUCAUCCUUCUGGAGUCAGAUCCUCCUUUUAUCUCCAUGGCUCCCAUCUCUACUUCCGUCCCUCCACCGUCCGUCGAGUCCACUCCGCCGUCGCGCGCUGACGCUGACGUUGAGGAGCUCGAACGAUAUACGACUGACCUUGAGCCCGCAGUUCGUGACCUCAUCCGAGAGUAUCACGACGUUUUCCCGUUCUCGAAUGCCGGCAUCCCACCGAUGCAUGACGCCAAGCACUCCAUUCAGCUUGUGCCUGACUAUCGUGUUCACCACCAGACUCCCUACAGACUCUCGAUCCCCGAGGCCACCGAACUCAAGCGUCAGCUUCAGGAGCUCCCGAGACUGGGUUUCAUUAAACCCAACAACUCCCCGUGGGGUGCACCCGUCCUCUUUGCUCGUAAAGCGGAUGAAACUCUUCGUCUCUGCAUCGACUACCGCGGUUUCAACUGCUACACGGUUAAGAACAGCUACCCCAUGCCUCGUUCUGAUGAGUUGCUCGACCGCCUAGCAGGCAACCGUUUCUUUACGAAGAUUGAUCUUCGUAGCGGUUACCAUCAGAUCCGCGUCGCUGCAGCCGACAAGCCGAAGAAAGCGUUCCGAUCACGCUUCGGCAACUACGAGUUUACGGUGAUGCCAUUCGGCCUCACCAACGCACCCGCCACCUUCCAGAAGGCGAUGAACGACAUCUUCAGGGACAUCUUGGAGUAGUAUGUUCUCGUCUACCUUGACACCAUCCUGGUCUACAGUCGUACCCUUGAGGAGCACCUUAGACACCUCCGCGAC